UACACAUAAAAUUUGGUUGUGAUCACGUCCUUAUUCAUAGUCUUAUAUUUCAAGUUUUGGAAAGAUUUAAAGCUACAAAAAUCAUAUAUAUUCAUUAAGAUCUAGUAGAUAAGUAAAUCUUUGUGGAUUCUUUUUCUUCUCUAUAAUUAAUUUCUUGGAUUUGAAGUAUAGAGAUGGCUCCAGAUCUAUCUAUGAUUCUUCCUAGGGUUCUUAUCGUCUCCAGACGAACUGUUCGUAAGAACAAGUUUGUUGAUUUUGUUGGUGAAUAUCAUUUAGAUCUUAUCGUGAGUUAUGGAGCAGCGCCUGUUAUAGUACCGCGAGUUAGUGGUGUACACAUGCUAUUAGAAAGCUUUCAACCAAUUCAUGGAGUUCUAUUAUGUGAAGGAGAAGACAUUGAUCCAUCACUUUAUGAUGCUGAAUUAUCUGGAUUUUCACAAGAAGAACUAGAAGAAAUCAAGAAACUACAUGUCAGUGACACGACAAUUGAUCGCGAAAAGGAUUCAAUUGAACUCGGACUAGCAAAACUUUGUCUUGAAAGAAAUAUACCUUAUUUGGGAAUUUGUAGAGGAUCACAAGUUCUUAAUGUUGCUUGUGGUGGUACACUUUAUCAAGAUAUAGAGAAAGAAUUAUCCAAAAAUUAUGAAAAAGAAAAAGUUGUUCAUAUGAAUUAUGAAAAUUAUGAUGGACAUAGACAUGUAGUGAAAAUAGUGGAAAAUACACCAUUGGAGAAAUGGUUUAAAGAUUCAUUAGAAGAUGAGAAAAUGGAGAUUUGGGUAAAUAGUUAUCAUCAUCAAGGAGUUAAGAAAUUAGCACAAAGAUUUGUGCCAAUGGCUUUUGCUAAUGAUGGAUUAGUUGAAGGGUUUUAUGAUCCAGAUGCUUAUAAUCCUGAAGAAGGAAAGUUUAUUAUGGGAUUACAGUUUCAUCCUGAACGUAUGAGAGGUCAAGAUUCUGGUGAUUUUGAUUAUCCAGGAUGUGCUAUGGCUUACCAGGAAUUUGUCAAAGCAGUAAUAGCAUAUGAGAAGAAGCUUAAUGGUUCUGGAAAUGUGCCAAAAGGUGUAAAGUUUAAUCAUGAAUUGGAAAGCAAGAGAAAGAGCAUUGUUCGAAGUUUUUCAAUAGCAAAGAACAUGUAUAGCACUGGACGUGGUAGAAUUUCAGAAAAAGAGUCUGAGCUUGAACCAGGAGCUGAAUUUCUUGAGGCAAACACAGCACUGAGUCUACAACAAGAGAAUAGGUUGAAGCAAAUGGGAGCAACAGUGAGGAAUGCAUCAGCAUAUAUGAAUAGAUUGAAAAUGAAUGAAGAAAGGGAGAAAAUGGCUAGAGCUAUUCUUGGCAAAAUGUCAAUUGAGCAACUUUCUGAUAUGGUUGGUUUUUACCAUAAAAUGGGACAGCUUUGUUCUGAGGCUUUAGACAAGAAGCUCAAGGAGAAGGAAGCUUGAUAAAUUUUCUCAUCUACAAUAUAAAUAUGCCUUCCUUUUUUUUCUUUUUUUUUUUGCUGCAAUAUUUUCUCCAUGUUUUGAUUUUAUGAUGUGAAAUCUAGUUUUGUUUUUAAGUGUAUAAUUGAAAGGGUUGUUAAAGAGUUUAAUUGUUUGAAAAAUGAAGAGGCUUUGAACAAUUUGUGAC